UGGACGCCUUCAGCAGUGCUCAGGUACGUGCUUCCUCGGACACAAGUGAGCGCCUAACAAUGGAUCGUACAGUCUGCGAAAGUCGUCAAGGAGUAAUCCAAGACGCCGAUUGUCUCAAGGCGUUGUAUCUCAGCUGCCGAUCUUUAUGAAGAACGUUUCCCUAGUUCUGGAGGGACGCGUUUCUGACUAUCUUGACUGUACCACUGGACUCAAGUUGUAUGCUGAAAUGGUGACUUUGCUGUUGUGGCAGUUGCCAGGCAGAGUGCGCCCCGUACGGCGGAGACAUCCAGACGGCCAUCGAAUAUGGUUGGAUAACCUUAUGCAACGUCGACAGACUACUCAGUGUGGACCAGCUCAACGGCCUAUGGUACGAUCACGUGCUAUCGACGCGACGGAACCGCGAACUGUGGUGCUUCGGUCGCACGCGACGGCAACGCGCUGCCAACCCUUCUGCCAAACCAUCGACUGCGAUCUCUCUAUCAGACCAUCUCACCCUCUUGCUGCCAUCCGACUACAAGACAUAGUCAUGAACAAGCGACAGGGUGGGGAACGAAUAAUGGGUUUGGGGGGAGGUCUAGUCUCUCAAGAGUCGCAGAGGAACUUGAAGAUUGCGGAAGAUCUGUGUCAGAAGAGGAAACCCAAGCAGGCCCUACCAUAUCUUGUCAAGGCGAUGGAAGAUCCCAACAACCUCGACGCAGAUGUGCAAUUCAGCUUCCUUCAGCCCAACCUCAACAUGUCUAUAAAAGUCCUGGAAGACGCCGAGCGGAAAGGACGCGCAACCCUACAGAGCAUCUUCGGCCCGCGUGUCUUCGACGACGACUCGGACGGGGACGAAGUAGGGCGCUUCUGGACACUCAUCGAGACUAGGCCAUACAUGCGCGUGCUCCAAGCAAUUGUGAGAAUCGCCUUCGAGAAAGGUGACUACAACAAGUCGGCGAACACCAUGAUCGAAAUGUUGCGCCUCUGUCCCGGAGACAACAUGGGUCAAAGGCAAUGGCUGGGGUCCGUUCUACUUCAAGCUGGUCGCAACAAAGAGGCGCUCUCUUUUGCGCAGGCAUGGUUGCAGCCCCGGAUCCGGGAGACAGGCGAGGCUCCUCCUCGCGGCGGCUGCGCAUUCAAGGCGCCCUCGCCAGACCCGAUUCCUCAGGCAGAGUUCGAGAAAAUGUCGGACUAUUGCGAUGGCGAUUUGCUUUACACAGGCGCCCUGGCUGCCUUCAAGAUCUGGGGCAGCGAGUCCCUGCUGGCGCGUCAAUACCUGCGACUCGGCGCGAAGAACAACUUCAGCAUCCUAAUGAGGAUCUUGGGAAAAGUCACGCGUCCUCAUGCCUUGAACAACUUGCCCCGAACCCCUAAUGGCCCCGAACAGGCGCACGACUACUUGUGGCUAACGCAGAACCUCUGGGAGAAACCGGAUGUCUGGGCUUGGGCAGAUGGCGACGAAGCAAAGGCUUAUGUUCGCAAGACGUGCUCGCGAGCGGGUUGUGAACAACGUGAAGAGCGUUCAGUGCAGUUCAAGCGAUGCAGCGCAUGCAAACGGGUGUCGUACUGCUCUCCGCAAUGCCAGAAGAGUGAUUGGAAGGCACACAAGCCAGCCUGCAAAGACUAUCUGGAAACGAAGGAGAUGACGCGUGCCAUGAUGCAGGGGUAAGUACGCCAAAUCAAAAGCCCCGGGGAAAGGAUGAGAACAUCCGUCUAUGUUGAUCUCGGAGACCGAGUUGAAAUCAUACAUUGCUUACGAUUGUCUUUGCUAUCGAGUUCAUUGCUUGCUGUGGAACGUACUGUGUCAUGUAUUAUGCUGGAUCUGGUUUUGCGGACCAAGCCGGAAUGGUAUGUUUGUAUGAGU